GCAUGCCUGCCUAAAUGCCCUUAAACUGUUGCCUCAGCUGAAGCAACGGAUUGCGCGGCACGCACGCCCGAUACUGAGAGGCAGAUGCGCUUGGUGAACAUGAAGGGCAUACUCUCCCAAUGUUCGAUUUAUAUACAGUCAAUAGUUGCAAGCCUCCUCGUCACUUGCCUCACACUGACACUGGGCGUGCUUCAUACCAAGCCAUUUAAAUCAUGGCCGCUGUCUCUGCCGAAAAGGUCCAUCUCCAAGCAACGAUGCCCUCGUCACCACCAGCAACACGCGUCCUUGUCGAAAUCCCAGAGCUCUUAGAACAAAUCUUGUACCACCUCACAGUCCUAUCCCCGGCAGAUACUCUGGUUUCUGCUCUUCGCGUGUGCAAGACAUGGUCGGCGGUGAUCACCUCUCACCGAGCGAUCCAAGAACACCUCUUCUUCCUGCCCGUCCGCUCUCCCAGGCCCGUCACCGGCAUUUACAACAGUGCUGGUGCGGUCGAGGAGCCCCAGUGGUCACGACUCCAUGAGAACCAGCUCCUCCAGUCCAUUUUUCCUGUUCGGGUGGAACGACACCGCAUCUGGCCGCCAACAAGAGCGUCGUAUCAGGCCGACCUGUCGUCAACGUCGGCAACGAGACCAGCCCACUACCACGGCGGUCCCUUCCGGCUGAGGGCGCGCUCCCUCCGCGAGGCCGGUCUGCAGUGGUAUUCCCGGGUUGUCAGCGGGGAGAAGCCCGUAUGGCUGAUGGAGGAGCGCUUCUCGCGGCCAGAGGCGAGCUGGCGGAGGAUGCUCGCGUGCCAACCCGACUUCAGCACACCCGCGAGAAGGAGUCGUGCCGUCGUGGCCGACUCGGGCUCGGUCGGCCAGUCCCGAAACGACGACGCUCGCUGGAUGGAGCUGAGCUACACGGACUUCAUCACGCACGAGCCAAACCUCCGCAUGGGCUAUAUCUACGACAAGGCCAAGGCAAUGGUGAACACGCAGGGGCCUGAUCAUGGCAGCGAGGAAGGACCCUUUGGCAUACGCCUCGAGUGGGGACGUGGUCAGGGUUAUUCGCCUAGGUUGAAGCUCUGUGUUGAUGGGCGCGAGCUUGCGACUCGGGAGAGCGCUGACUUGAUCAGAUUUUGACUGCCGGUGAGCGCAGGAGUCUGAUGCUGGCGCAAAGAGCGAAGGGUUCUCAAGCUGUCCGGUUCAGAUGAGUUAAGUUGAGGCGCCGAGGAACAGCAACCAGGCAUGUUUAGGGGACGUGAUUCGGAACAUAUCAUGGCUUGUGACCAAAUCGGUGCGGGCUUCGUAGCCGCUGCCGCGCCUGACUCAUGGUCAAUCACCGUUUUCUUUUGAUUCCAGUUCGCUCCCUACCAGUACAUGUGAGAAUCAGAGACUCCCGGAU